AUGGUGCCACGGAAAAUCAACCAAAAUAAUACCCCAGGGUGGCUUACCCGAUCUACGCAGCACCCCCACAUCGCAAAAAACCCUUCCUCCUCCAAUUGCGAACCAGAUCUGCGCAGCAACCCCAAAUCGCAAAAAAAAAAACUUCCUCUCCAAUCGCGAACCUUCCUCUCCGUUCAGCGGCCGACCGCCACCCACCACCCGCCAUUCCCUCCUCUCCGUUCGACUACCGUCACCAGCCAUUGCCUCCCUCUCGCGUUCAGCCGCCGGCACCCGCCAUUUCCGGCCUCGUCUCGCGUUCAGCCGCCGGCGCCCGCCAUUUCCGGCCUCGUCUCGCGUUCAGCCGCUGGCGCCCGCCAUUUCCGGCCUCGUCUCGCGUUCAGCCGUCACCGCCUCUCCUCGAUUGCCGACGCCAAACCCCACCUCCACCGCUGCCGAUUUGCCUGGGUUAGAAGGCCAGUGAAGAGCAAUGUUGAUCUCUGCAAUGAUAUCAGGGAGUUUUUAUCUAUGGCUGGACUUCCUCAGGAUCACGUGUCUACCACAAAGGAGCUAACACAACAUGGAAGGAUUGAAGAGCAUACGACUAAUCCAUUUCAGCUUCAGUUUUUCUUCUAAUAUUUGCCUUAGAACCAUGCUUAUAUUUUUCAGAAAUAGCAUUUCAAGUGAAAUGAAAAAAGUGGAGUAUUGGGCUGAACAGUUGGUGGCUUUUGAAGGAGGAUGAAGGGGGCAAGAGGUGGCAGAAGAGGAUUGUGAGCUGAAUGUGAAGUAUUUGGUUGAAAUUUGUGUGUAUUAAUAGCUAAUUUUUAGAUUAAUUGCAGUAUUUCUAAUUGUUUUGAUUUUUUAAACCAUAAUUUGAGUUCCCGUAAUUUAUACAGUAGCCUUUUCUUUCUGAGUUGUUUUAA